AUGGAUCUGCAAGGGACGGAUGACUACUCCCAGCUCUCAAGGCGCAUCAAGGAGACGAACCCUCAGGUUGUCCGUCAGGUGCUGAGAGACAAUUGGCAACCUUGUUUCCUUGGUUCGGACUUUCACAAUGCCUUUAUUCUAAACACGAUGUUGCACCAAGCCUCGCCAAGUGUUCUAUCUAGGGCGAUUCAAGACUUUGGCAGCAAGAUGGUGGCGAGCUCACUACCACAGAUUUUAGGACACUGCACCACCGAAGACUAUGAUCGCGUUGCAGAUAUUCUCAUAUCAAAAGUCAGCUUAGAGUUCCUUGACAAGGCUCUAGCUCGUCGACUCGAAACGAUUGAGGCAAGAAGCCUGGUUAACGCCCUGGCUAGAGCGGAGCGGCUUGGGUAUGACGUCUCGGACAUUGUGGAGGAUAGAAACAACGGCAAGCCGGAGCAUGUCAUUCCCUCACUUCAAGGAGUCAUCUUACCAGCAAACGUCCCGACACCUCAACGACCUUGGAUGACGAACUCGUGGCCUGGAGGGGCGCCACCAUCAGCGCAUGCUAAUGUUCCUCAGCCCGACACACGCAUGUCGUCUCCCAGUGCUGCGGCUGACUCCAGUUCAAUUGUCCACUGCGAGAAGUGCCAGCGGCCAUGCAGCGGACUGGGAGCUCUCUCAUUCCACCGUGCAAAAGAGGCGUGCAGGAGAAUCUUCUCCAUGGAUGAUGUUAACAGAACUAUUUGCGCUCACUGUGGGCGCCUCUUCACUUCCGGCGGGGGCCUAUACUACCAUAAGAAGAGUGAAGUCUGUGGUUCGUAUUCUGACAGCGAUAUGGACAGGAUUAUGGCGCAUCUGAAAGCGUAUCUUGCACACAACCAAGCUCAGACGCCCCAAGCAGCCAACGGUCAAUGGCAGCAAACGCCAACUGCGGUGGCAUCACACAACCUGACUACACCCAUGAAAGCCGUCGCUCACACACCAGGCUCUGCCUCCGUGAAGCAUUCUACAACGCCAAUGGACACAAGCCCUGCAUCGCUCUUUUCACAUCUUAAUCCCGACACUCGAAAGAGGUUCGAAGAGGAGAUAGCUGAGUCAGAGAGGAAAUAUGGAGCUUGGAUGCAGGAAGCCCUGGAUCUACCGGAACCCGAGAGAACCGAUCGAUUGACCAAACUAAAGAACAGCUAUAAUACAAGGCAGAGUACCACCCGAAAGAAGUACGGUAUCAAACUUCGUGGGAACAGAACUCCCGAAGAGAUAGAAGGAGAACGGCGUCGGUUGUUCGGUGCAAAGUAUCAUCCUAACAUCUGGUCAACGGGAACGCCAGCAGUCAGAACUCCCCAACGGACAAGGACGCCAGAAGCGACAUCUUCACAGGCGGACACGCGUCGCAAGCGAGUGCGCCUCUCGGAAAUGGGCGGUCUAUCGGGCUCAGCGGCAUCGGUAGAAACAACAGACCCGACAGCGUUUCUUACAUCGAGCCAACCCAACGGCAUCAGCACGGCGCGUGAGGCACAUGCAAAUGGCACGGUCCACGGGACAACACCAGAUGACCCCAUGUCAAUCGACAGCGAUGAGGAAGCAGACAAUGAAGGACCUAGUUCUGAAAAGACCGAAGGGGAUGAGGACUCUGGCAACAGCAGCUCUCAGACAGAUGAUAUUCCAAGUCAUGAGGAAUAA